AAAAAAACUUCUGCAUAUCCCUUUUAUUUUAUUACUCUUUAUUGAUGACUGUGAAAUUAUAUAUUAAAGAUGCUUGCAAAUCUAAUUUACAACAAGAAAAACACAUACCUGAAAUACGAUCUAAAUUAUAUAAACGUUUAUUUGAAUUUUACCAAAAAUUACAUCAAAAUCCAUCUGAAUUGACGGUUGAUGCAGCAGCUAAAGAAUAUGAGCAAGCUAUAAAAGAUCAAAUUCAAUUAGUUGACCAAUUAUAUUCUAUUCCCAUAUAUAGGGCAGAGCGUGAAGAAUAUUUACAGCUUUACUCAAUUUGGAGUUUCUGCAAUUUAUUAUUUUUUGACUCUUUUGAAAAUAAUCAUGAAUUGUCAGUAGCGCUCAUGCAAUGGUAUAAUAAAACAAACAGACGUGCCUUUUAUGAAUACAACACAGUCAAUAUUUUCACACAACAUCCCUUGGAUCAUCCAGACUUUUGGCCCUAUCUCAUACGUAUGGCCACAUUAGGCGAAUUGCAAAUCAUUGCCAAUACAUUACAUCGUGUGCUUUCUCUUUGCCAAAAGGAAGAUGAUACUAAUCUGUAUAGUUAUUUCAGGGAGCUACGUGAAAUGUUACGUGAUACUGACUAUAGCACCAUUACAUCUCGAAACAAAAUUGACAGAACUCGACUAUUGCAAUGGAUGCAAGCAUUAUCAAAGGACUCUAACCACUCAAAGCAAUUCUGGACAUUACUUGCUAUCUUGACAGGCAAUGAUGAAUCAAUCAUCAAGCAACAUGCACAAGAUGAAUUACAUGCUUUUAUUUGUUGUUUCUAUUUUAAUCCAGAUCGAUACACAUCCACAACUUCUAUUUAUGAAAUGGCUAUUAAGGAAUUUGAUAAAGUACCUCAAGACAUUUACAAAUCACUUUUAGUAGGCAAUCUAACACAAGCCAUUCAGGAAAGUAUUAAUUAUGAUUGGUGCUUUUUAGCACAUUUGGUUGAUUUAUUCGUCCUAAAAAACAAGUUGGAAAUGAAGACAGUCAAUGUGCACGUUAGUGAUGGUUCAAUAGUGACUGUACCUGUCCAAUAUCAUUUUAUAUUAUUUUAUGCAUCCUUCAUUAAGAAUAAUUUUGGACUAUGGGAGACAGCAUUUAAUUACAUGCUAACAUGUGAUGAAUGGGGAAGAGAAGCACUAGUUGAGCAUUUGAAAGAAACAGAUUUGAAUACUGAAAACACUAUUUUUCAAGCCAUUGUUCAGUUUUGUAUGAAACAUAAUUUGGAAGAAAUAGGUUUGGGAUUGCUUGAGAAAAAAGCAAAUUCCUGUCUUGAGACAAAGGAUUAUAAAGCCGCCAUUAACUACUAUCAGCAAAUAAAAAGCUCAAAUGAAAUUGAUCAUGUGUUUUAUGCCAUCAUAGAAGAUUAUACCAAGACACAAACACUGUUUGAUUUAAGUGAUUUGAAUAUAUGCAAAGGUAUAUGUUAUAAAGUCUAUCGUUAUUUAUGGCAUAUGCAAUCCCUCGAACUAGACAACAUUGCGGUUGAGUUAUUUAAAGAAUUGAUACAUGAUGACUGCACGCCUAUCUCUUUAUUACCUUUGAUUCUUUGGCAAGGAUUACAGUUCCUUGAAGAUCAAAGCAAAUUUUCACAACUUAGUAAGCUUGAUUUAUUACAAGUAAAAAAGCAGUGGCAAAAACUCAAUAAUAGUGACUUGAAAUCUAAUUUCGAAUUAUUUCAUCAUUUUCAUCAGUCAUUAAAUCAUACUACAGAUUCAGUAGAAGCAAGUAUGUUAGAAUUUCUCAAUGAGACAGGUGUCUGUUUCUGUAAAGCGUUAGAAAUGAAAGAAUAAUAAUAAUAAUAAAAU